ACAACAACCAUUCUCAUUUCGAUGUCCAUAAAUGGUGCCAGUUUUACCAAACAGAAACAAACAACCUCUUAACCGUUCAAAACAGAGAGCAAAAGACAACUGAACUGAUUCACAAAUCCUCACGGCAACACUCUCUUUCAAACACAAAGGUAAAAUCGCCUCUGCCACGGUGUCGCCUACACUCUCUGCAACUCCAGACUUUGAUUCGCUCAGUCCCCCAAUUUGAUUCACUGCUAUAAAACCAUAAUCUUUCUGUCUUUCCACUUUAAACGAUAUUCUCUCUUUAACGGAAUCAGAUGAUCAAUGGAGAGGGGCCUCAUGAGGACGUCUCUGGGACCACCUCUUCCGAUCUGUUCGAUUCUUUCCCGCCAAAGCUGUCCGGUGGUGGCGAUGCAUCUCCUGGAUCGCUGUCGCAGUACUCCUCUUGCGGAGGAGAAUCGGAGUUCGAGAAGUACUGCAGCGCAAACUCGGUCAUGGGUACGCCUAGUUUUUGCGGCUCGUUUGUUCCUCUUAAUGAUUUUACAGAGUCUGAGUUUGGUUCGUUGAGAAGUUUGGAUGGUAGUUUGGAGAAUUUUAGUUUGGGAGGGAGGUUGGAUAGGAAUAUGGAGGAGCAGAAAAUGUCUGGUUCGGGUUUGGACUGCUUGAAAGGGAAUAUCAAGGAGGGAAUUGCCGAGAAUGGUAGUAAUAGAUUGGAAAUGGAUGAUGGUGAAAUUACUUGUGGAGAAAGUAGCAGAAUGAAUAUUGGAUUGGGCAGUAGGCAAGAGUGUGUUAAUGUGGGACGUAAUGAGAGUGACUUGAGUGGCAGUGAUGUCAGAAAUGGUUUGAAUUUUAUGUCAGCUGGGUUUGAUUCAGAAAGGGAAAUGGAUGGGGAAGAAGAUGGGACCUCAUCUAGAUAUGAGCAUUCUGAAGCUGAUGAUUCAAUGUAUGGCUGUGGUUCUGAUGAUGAGAAUAGGAAGAGCUUGUACACCCCAAGGAACAUACAGUAUUGCAAGGAAGCAAAAGUUGAGAAUGAGAACCCGCUACUUAUCAAUACAUCUGUAGCCUUUGGGUCGGAGGAUUGGGAUGAUUUUGAGCAAGAAACUGGAGGAGGUACUCUUUCUUCUCUGAGCUUGAAUGAAUUUCAGGAGCAGAAAGAACAAAACUUUGAAGCUGAAAGUAGCCUCGUAAAUUCAAAGUCAUUGGCCACAAUAGGGGUGCCAGUUGUUGGUCUAAGAGAAAUAGGGGAAGAUGUAACCGCAGAACUUCCAGGCACCAGACUGGUUGAAGGCAAUGAAUUGGUGGAAGAUUUCAAUAGUUCUUCAGUAGUCCCUUCUAAUUCUCAGAAUUCUGACCUGCAGCAAGCAGAAAAGGUGAGAGACGUUCCUGUGGCUAUUUGCCAGGUCCAAGGAACUCAUGAAAUAGUCAUAGAUGACAAAAUUACCCCAAUCACAUCAUCUCAUUUACGAAGCUUUCAUAAACUAGAGCAAGAAGAUGUCAAAGACAUUUCUGUUGUCUGCAGUUUGGUCGAAGAUGCUAAUGACAGAAUGGAGCAUUUUAAGAGAUGUUCUGCCAGUGACAUCUUUGAGAUGAAGCAGGAUCCAUUUGUUGAAAAAAAUCACAUGGGGUUUGGAUCAAAUGUCGUGGAUUGCAGCAUGGAAAGGGAGGGUCUGUGUGAGAAAUCUGUGGAUAUCAUUCACGUUGAUGGUGGUAAAGUUUUGGAAAAGCAAGAAACUCAGAGUUUAGAAUUAAAACCAGAUCCCCUUUCUGACUCACCUAAUCAACUCUGUUCCCAUCCGACUGAAUAUUUUGACAAUGGAAGUGCAGAGUUCAUUGAAGACCAUAAACCAAAUUCAGCGAGAUUGUUGAUUGAAAGUAACAGGACCAGAACAAUGAAAAACACUCCUACAUCUGUGGAUCUUUCGGAAGACCAUCCUGCAACAGUUAAGGCCGACAAAGUUGAACUUGAUGAAUUUUAUGAUGAGAUUGUCAAUGAAAUGGAAGAAAUUUUGCUCGAUUCUAGCGAGUCUCAAGGGGCUAGGUUUCCUCAGGGUAAUCGCAUGUCCCAAGCUCAACUAUCUUUGCCUGGAAGAGAUGGUGGGUCAACUGCUUCCACUUCUGGGGCAGGUGACGCCUUCCCUCAGCCACUUAGAAUUGAUGGGAUUGAAGUAGUCGGUGCCAAGCAGAAGAAAGGAGAUGUCUCACUUAGUGAAAGGUUGGUUGGAGUAAAGGAAUUUACUGUCUACGUAAUAAGAGUAUGGAGUGGCAAGGAUCAGUGGGAAGUUGAACGCAGGUAUCGUGAUUUCUUUACACUCUAUCGUCGGCUAAAAUCAUUAUUUACUGACCAGGGUUGGACUCUUCCACUCCCCUGGUCCUCUGUAGAAAAGGAAUCAAGAAAAAUAUUUGGGAAUGCAUCGCCAGAUGUUGUUUCCAUGAGAAGUGUUCUUAUUCAGGAGUGCUUGCAUUCAAUUAUCCAUUCACGUUAUUUUGCUAGUCCACCAAGUGCAUUGCUAUGGUUUUUAUGUCCUCAAGAUUCACUUCCUAGUUCCCCUUCGUUACAAAAACCGGUGCCUUGGUCUGUAUUCUCUAAUAGAGGAGGAGAACCAGGAAACAUAUCCACUUUAGGGAAGACAAUAUCACUUGUUGUUGAAAUAAGAGCAUACAAAUCUACAAAACAGUUGCUUGAAGCACAACAUUAUACUUGUGCUGGAUGCCACAAACAUUUUGAUGAUGGUGUAACGCUAGUGCGGGACUUUGUGCAAGUACUUGGGUGGGGGAAGCCUCGACUUUGUGAAUACACCGGUCAAUUGUUUUGUUCUUCAUGCCAUACAAAUGAAACUGCAGUUUUACCUGCAAGAGUAUUACAUCACUGGGAUUUUAGUCAUUAUCCAGUCUCGCAAUUGGCUAAGUUGUACCUGGAUUCUAUACACGAGCAGCCGAUGCUUUGUGUGAGUGCAGUUAAUCCAUUCCUAUUCUCAAAGGUCCCAGCCCUGCAACAUAUUAUGAGUGUCAGGAAAAGAAUUGGAAGCAUGCUUCCAUAUGUUCGUUGUCCUUUCCGGAGGACCAUCAAUAGAGGACUUGGAUCUCGUAAAUAUCUUCUUGAAAGCAAUGAUUUUUUUGCACUCAAGGACCUGAUUGAUCUCUCAAAGGGGGCUUUUGCAGCAUUACCUAUGAUGUUGGAGACAGUCUCAAGUAAACUUCUGGAGCAUAUAACAGAUCAAUGCCUUAUAUGCUGCGAUGUAGGAAUUCCCUGCAGUGCCCGACAAGCUUGUAAUGAUCCAUCUUCACUUAUUUUCCCUUUUCAGGAAGGUGAGAUCGAAAGGUGUAAAUCUUGUGAAUCCGUAUUCCACAAACCUUGCUUUAAAAGACUUGCAAAAUGCACUUGUGGGGCAGUUAUUGGAGAGGAGAAGACCAUGGAGGCUACUAAUAAGCUGAUUCGUAAGGCUAGUGGCCUGCUAGGAAGGAGAUCGAGCUCUGGUUUAUCAAUGGGAUUUCUCUCUGGACUAUUUCCUAGGGCAAAACCAGAAACGAUGAACGAGCUCAAGGAUCAUGACACUGUUAUUUUAAUGGGUUCUUUGCCGAGCACUUCCCUUUGAUCACCUGUAAUUGAAAUGUACCAUUUGUAUAUUGUCUUUUGUUGUCUGAAUAACCAGAAGCUGCCUACGCCAUUGUAGCAAAAAUUUUGAGGCUGGGUGAGGGUAUUCUCCUUUUUCCCCUUCAAUUUUGGGUGUAUUCUUUGUAAAAUAUAUUAUCAAUAUCAUUGUUUUGUGAAAGUUGACUGAUUGUUUCA